AUGGAGCUAGACUGUGCAAAAAGGGACGGUGCACUGGCAGGACUUAGAGUCCUUGGCGAGCCCAUUUACCUCAAGCCAAUUAUAUCGAAACUUCCAGGAGACAUUCAAGGUAGAUGGCAGAGGCAUGCCUUUCACCACAUGAAUGACCAUAAAGUGGAUUAUCCUUCCUUCGCUGAAUUUGUUAGCUUUAUUGAACUGGUCUCCAGAGAUGCCCUCGAAGGUGACCAGCCAGACGAGAGAAAUCGGGGUAGACCGAGACAGUCAUAUAAGACUGACAUACCAGAUUCCGGCCAGGGGACCAAAUCUUCUGACCCCAGCCAUUGGUGUGUAGUUCUCCGGAGACCACACCCCCUCAACCAAUGCCGUGCCUUCCGAGCCAAACCAAUCAACCAACGAAAAAGUUUGUUAAAGCAAUACGGUAUAUGUUACCGAUGCCUUGCUUCAAGUAGUCACAUGGCAAAGGACUGUAAGACUCCAGUCAAGUGCAUCGAAUGCCAUAGUGAUAAACACAUAGCAGCCCUUCAUGCAGGAGGACCACCGGCAUUAGGAAAGCCAAACGAAAGCAAGGACAACACUAAUGGGAACAUGGACAAUUCCCACACCACAG